AUGGAGGAGGUUUACAGUGAAUUCAUUGUAGAGGUGAAAGAGUUAGACAGUGAAAAUGGAACUGCAAAAUGGCAAACCGUCAGACGACAAAAGAGAGAAUGGAUUAAAUUUGCAGCUGCCUGUAGGGAAGGAGAAGACAAUUCAAAAAGGAACCCAAUUGCCAAAAUACGAUCAGAUUGUGAAGCUAACCAGAAGAUUACAUAUCGUAUCUCUGGGGUGGGGAUUGACAGACCACCUUUUGGAGUCUUUACUAUUAAUCCCAGAACUGGAGAAAUUAAUAUAACAUCAGUGGUUGAUCGAGAAAUAACGCCAAUGUUCUUGAUCUAUUGUCGUGCUCUGAAUUCCCGAGGUGAAGAUUUAGAAAGACCACUUGAGCUUAGAGUCAAAGUUAUGGAUGUAAACGAUAAUCCUCCAGUAUUCACACAAAAUGUAUAUACUGCCAGUAUUGAAGAACACUGUGCUACAAACACAUUGGUGAUAAAGUUAAGUGCUACUGAUGCAGAUGAAGAAAAUCAUUUGAAUUCUAAAAUUGCUUACAAGAUAAUAUCUCAGGAGCCUGCAGGUUCACCAUUAUUUAUUCUGAACAGAUAUAAUGGAGAAAUCCGCACCAUGACAAAUUAUCUUGAUAGAGAGGAACACAGUACUUACAACCUUGUUGUCAGAGGCUCUGAUCGGGAUGGAGCUGCAGAUGGGCUAUCUUCAGAGUGUGAUUGUAGAAUCAAAAUUAUAGAUGUCAAUGAUAAUUUCCCAACAUUAGAACAAACUUCAUAUUCAGCAAGUAUUGAAGAAAACUGUUUAAGUCCAGAAUUGAUACGAUUUCAAGCAAUUGAUCAUGAUGAAGAAAAUACUGACAACUGGUUGGCAGAUUUUUUCUUUGUCUCUGGAAAUGAUGGAAAUUGGUUUGAAGUACAUACAGACCCAAGGACCAAUGAAGGAAUUUUGAAAGUUGUUAAGAUGUUGGAUUAUGAACAGAUGCCCAAUAUGCAACUUAGUAUUGGUGUUAAAAACAAAGCUGAAUUUCACCAUUCUGUUGCCUCUCACUACCGGAUCCAGGCCACUCCUGUCAGGAUACAAGUUAUUAAUGUCAGAGAAGGACCCAUAUUUAAUCCAAAUUCUAUGACUUUCAGAGUACAAGAAGGCUUAAGAGGAGAUGCCUUAUUAAAUUAUGUCCUUGGAAGAUAUACAGCCACUGAUCUGGAUACUGGAACUGCAGCCACAAAUGUCAGAUAUAUCAUGGGACACGAUGCAGCCAGCUGGUUAAAAGUUGACUCAAGGACAGGAGAGAUUCAGUUUUCCAGAGAAUUUGAUCCAAAAUCAAAACAUGUUAUCAAUGGGAUAUAUACAGCUGAGAUUCUAGCUGUUGAAGAUGGCAUUGGGAAAACUGCAACAGGAACAAUAUGUGUCGAAGUUCCUGAUGAUAACGAUUUCUGCCCCAGAAUUUUUUCUGACAGUAGAUAUAUCUGUGUAGCUUCCCCAUCAGUUAUUAUUUCAACAAAAGAUGAUUCCUUUGGCUCACCCUUUACAUAUUGCGUCAUGGAUCAACCACCAGGGACUGCUGAUUUAUGGGAUAUCAGAUCAAUUAAUGCUACCUCGGCAAUACUCACUGCUGUGCAAGAGUUAUCACUUGUACGUUAUCAAAUUCCUAUCUUAGUGAAAGACAUCUUCGACAGAACUUGUGAAUUGCCACAAAAUAUAAUAUUAGAAGCUUGUGAAUGUGAUGUCAACCACAUGUGCUCCUACUACAGCACAACCGGGAUCUACCCUGGGAGCCCCAGCAUCACUAUAAUUACUGAUGACAAUUAUGGGACUAUGGCUGGUGACAGAGAUGGCAAUGUGGGACUUGGACCAGCUGGGAUUGGUCUGAUUGUCCUAGGUCUCUUAUUAUUGCUAUUAAUGCCCCUCUUGCUGCUCAUGUGCUGCUGCAAACGAAAGGCACCAGCAGGCCUGGGAACUCGAUUUGCUCCUGUGCCUGAGGGGGGAGAAGGAGUGAUGCAAUCGUGGGGAAUAGAAGGAGCCCAUCCGGAGGACAGAGAUGUCUCCAAUAUAUGUGUACCAAUAACAGCCUCCAACACACAGGAUCGUCUAGAAUCCUCUGAAAUCUAUACCAACACAUAUGCAGGCGGAGGUACUGUUGAAGGAGGCGCUUCUGGAGUAUCUGGUGUUGAGUUGAAUACAGGAGUUGGAGCAGCACUGAGUCUUGGGGCUGGGGGACUUGCAGGAGCAGUGAGAAGACGGGGCUCGGCCAUAGGAACACUGAGGGAAUACGCAGAAACAGGCGUGAACAUGGCUUUCUUGGACAGCUACUUCUCUGAGAAAGCAUAUGCUUAUGCAGAUGAAGAUGAAUGUCGACCUGCAAAUGACUGCCUCCUUAUUUAUGAUCAUGAAGGAAUGGGGUCUCCUGUGGGCUCCAUUGGCUGCUGCAGCUGGAUCGUAGAUGACCUGGAUGAUAGCUACUUGGAAACUUUGGGUCCAAAGUUUAGGACUCUAGCCGAAAUCUGCUUAGACACAGAAAUUGAACCAUUUCCAUCUCCUCACCAGGCCUGGAUCCCAAUCACUACUGAUCUUCCCCUCCUUGGAACAAAUUACAUUGUCAAUGAGUCUUCAGCAAUGUCUCUUACAGAGGCAGGAUUCCAGGCAGAAAUGGCAAUGCCGGAUCCCAUGAUUCAUGGUGACAUUAUAAUGACAGAGUCAUAUAGCACUUCUGACCAGUGUGUACAACCAACUACCAUUAUUUUUGAACCUCAGUUGGUUCCCAAUGUCCUGGUUACAGAAACAGUGAUGGCGCCCGCUUAUGCUAUGCAAGGAAACAUUUGUGUGCCGGCUGAGUUAGCCAACACACAUAAUGUGAUCUACACUGAAAGAAUAAUACCAAGUCCAGGUAUGACUGCCAUGAGUAACAGCAGUAUGACCAGUGGUUGCAUGGGCACUGGGAUGAGUGGCAGUGGGAUGGUAGGCCCUGAUAUUCAAGUGACCCAAAUAGUAAGCCCAGAUGUUCACGUCUGCCAAACCAUGGGAUCCCCAAUGACAUCUCGACGUAGGGUAACACAGCACAGUACCGUACAGUACUUCCAACCGUGAGGUCUUUACUAAUGAUAUUCUCAGUAAUAUUAAUGACAUAUCCAUAAUCAUCAAAGUUAACUGUCCUAAAACCUAUUAUCAUACUCUUUUUGCUUAGUGCUAAAUACUCUAAGUUCAUGCUCCAUCUGUUAUGGAGACUUUGGCCAAACGCUUUGAGUGAAGAUUUCUUCUUCAUGAUUUUUAAUCAAGCACCAAAAGUGUGUUAAAGAUACAGUAUGUUCUUUAGCGCAAGGCCUAGAAACUUACUCCUAAAACAGAGUUCCUAAAACCUUCAAAUCUUCCAAACAAGUUAUGAAAAUGCUCUGUCCUGAUGCUUGAAUUUUGCAGCAAAUAAUUACUUUAUUCUAUAUUCACCUGCUUUAUUACUGUACCUCUAGAAAGGAAAUUGCACUAAAGGAGUUCUUUAGAACGAAUUUGAAUAUUGAACAGUCUUAUUUGGUUCAU